CUCAGCUUAGAGACAGGUGGGGGUAAAAUCAUUGUCGUGACUGUCGUGAGUCGUCAUCAGAAAACAGUAGAGAGUGACGACUCAUCAUACACCUAUCUGAACCUUACCCAGAAUUUGAAGUGUCGUAUAGCUGUCGUGGCCAGGUCCAUCGCAAAAUUUCUAGUAUUUCACUCUGCAGCUUUCUUCAUUACGUCAUCAAUAUUGUUAAAGAACAUAAGGAAACGAAAUAUACGUAUAUUGUCAUAUAAUGAAGUGGUUUGCGGGAAGUAUUAACGAGGCGGUUGCGACGUCGAAAUCGAGGAAGGCAGUUUUCGUCGUGUUUAUCGAAGGCAAAGAUGACACAUCGGUGCAACUUGCCCACGCAAUUGACGCUACAGAAAUCUCUUCCCGUCUGGAGGGAGAGCAUUUUGUAGCUAUAAGAUUGGAAAGUGGGUCCGAGGCCUACAGAUUCUUUGCGCAGAUCUAUCAAUUGGUACCAGUACCAUCGUUAUUUUUCAUCGGGGAAAAUGGCACGCCACUGGAAAUUGUUGUUGGCAGUGCAACUGCAGCUGAAUUAGAAUCCAAAAUUGAUGAUGUGCUGACAAAGGCAGGGAAGAGUAAUAAACAAUCUUCAUUAAACUUAAUUGAUGCGGAACAAAAAGCUGCCAGUAGCAGCAGUAAUAAUAAUGCCGUUGAGACUACUAAGAUAAAUGAUAACAAUUCCAAUCCAAAUACAGAUUUAACUUCUGAUAUAACAGAAUCGGUUACAUCAGAUAUCUCAAAUAAUGAAAACAAUGUCACAGAAGAUGCAGCAAAGGCUGUAACUUCAUUAAACACAGGGGAUCGAGACAAUAAUGAGGCAUCGGCACAGAUAAAUGCUGAAGCUAACCAAGCUAAUCAAAAUAAGGAAUUGACAACUGAGGAAAAGCUCGAAAGGGCACGACAGUUAAUUGAGCUCCAACGAAAACAACGACUAGACGAGGAGCAGAAAAAAGAACGAGAACGCGAGGUUGAACGACGCAAGAUCGGGCGCGACGUGCAAAAAAUGCGGCAAACGCAGCAAAACUUAGAGAUAAAACAAGCUCAAGAGGAAAGGAUGCGAGAAAAGGCUGCAGAGACUGCAGCUCGCGAGAAAGUUAGGCAACAAAUCGCUCAAGAUAAACUAGAACGGAAACAAAAAGAGCUUGCGCUGCAGCAACAAAUGCAACAGCCGCAAUGUCAAGAGCAACCCAAAUAUAAUCCGCCACCUAGUAACGUGACUGUGACCAGAAUUCAAUUUAGACUACCGUCCGGCAAUUCCCAUACAGGACAAUUUGAACCAUCCAACACUUUGCGCACCUUACGCACCUACGUUGCCGAAAACAUCGAUUUACCUUUCCGACAUUUCGCCAUGUCGACAUCAUUUCCCAGAAGAGAAUUGACUUUUGAGGAAAAUGACAAAACCCUUCUGGAACUUGAAUUAGUUCCAACCGCCGUUAUUCUAAUUCUUCCUUUGAAAAAUUCUAAUGUCACAAAGGUGGUUCUUCACCGUACACAAGACGUUGGGUUCUUCUCUCGCUUCAUAUGGUCAUUUUUCACACCCGUUAUUCGUAUUUACAAUUAUAUAGUAGGUUACUUUUCUGGCACUAAUGGAGACGCGAAUCAACAACGUGGCGAUUCCAGCAAUGAUUCUGUAGAAACGACGAAUAAUCCUGAUAGAGCUAUUUCACCGAAUCAGCAAAAUGUAGUUCAAUCGGGUUUGUUUAGAAGAUACUUGGGUAAUCAAGGAGGAACUACAAUCAGAGCGCAAGGGAAUAUACACAGAUUACAUUCAGGUGGGGAUGAUAAUGAUGAGAAUAACACUUGGAACGGUAACUCUACACAGCAAAUGUAAAGUAAUGUAAAUCUCGCUCCAGUCACAUUGUAAGCAAUCGCUAUUCAAUCAUGCAAUUACUAUUCCCGUUAUAUAAAUCGUUAUGUUCUAAUGAUCAAUUAAUAUAUUCGACACUUUUCACUCUCUAUUGUACAAAACUUAUCUGCAACAUAUUUUAUUAAUGCACAAGCAUUAAGUUUUAACAUGCGAGUUUUGUCAUAAAUGUUUAAAUGUUCGUAAUGUAGCAUUACAAGAUCGAGUAUUUGUUAAUUGAUAUUACAAUUGAUAUCACAAUUAGCAAUAAUGUGAACAUUGUAUCUGGAUUGUUAUCAUAAUAUAACAUUUAUUAUAAUGCUGAAGUAUGUAACAUUAAUGCAUUAUAAUAAAUGGUAAAAUACAUUUUGACAAAAGAUCGUGGAAAUAUAUUGAACUACAAGUGAUACAUGGACCAAAUGCGAAAAGGCUCGUUAAAAAAACAUCGUGUGCUCUACAAAAGUUUCGCGAAUGUCUUGAUUUUAGAUUGUUGAAAUUUUAAUAUUUAUAUAGAUUUAUUGAGAGCAAGUUUGAUGAAUGUAAGUUUCUUUUUUUCUUUUAUCUGAUUAAAUUUUUUCUUUUGAUUUCGGAUAACAAUGGGAUGUUAUCUGAGUGCGGUUAAAGAUUGCGACAAUUAAUUAUAUUAAGAUUCGAUGAAUAUACUUUUUGUUGAUAAUGUUACUAAUAUUCAUUGUUUUUUAUUAUAUUUUGUAGUAUAAUAGGAAUGUAAUUAUGAGUCAAUACAAUUACAUAGUCGAAAUAACUAGAUAUCAGAAUCCAUACAUGUAAAUGUCUUUAUGCGAAAUGAUAUAAUUAGGGAUGGUUAUUUUUUCUGAAGAUAGCAAAUGAGCACAGGAUACGAAUGAGAUGUAGGCCUGUCUUAAUGCCUAAAGAAAUAAAUACAGAGGUUCAUGA